GCUGCUCCUGCCGCCGGGCCGCCGGGCAACCGGGCAACCGAGCCGCCCACCUAUACACCAAUGUCAAUGCCGCUGAUUAGGUACAAAACCAAAUCAAGUCGAUUGAGCGUUGCGACCCCCUCUCUGAAGAAAAUGCUAUUAAAUCAAGUGCAGGUACAAAACCAAAAGAUGAUCACAUGGACACGUAUUGGGUUCAAUGUGGCUGAUAAAUAUAAAACAAAACGGAGCUGCCUUGAAACGCGGAAGAUAUCCACAAGCUUAAUAAAAGAAAUAAAUACUGGAAAACAACAUAAACAGCUGGCUUGGUGGAGCGCUGUGCUAACUCCUGGCAGUAACGCAGCCUUCCCACACCCGCGAUCAUUGGCGACAAUUGACAGGUCGGUGGUCAGCGACAACGCUUCAGGGAGUGACGACAAUCUACGCAUUAAGAUACACCAUACAAGAAUGCGUGGACUGCCUGAAUCAACAACUUACCUACAACUGAUAUUUCUAUUUAUUUAUUUAUUUCAACCGGUAGACAGUGGUGCGAAGCGUUGGGGUAAAAAGAUUAUAAGACAUGUAAAGGCCCCAAAAAGAGAUCAAAUUUUUAUGAGUUUUUUUCUUUAAGUAUUUUACGAUUUGUAAACUACUAUUUAAAUAGCUUUAAGUAUUCUGUUUGUAACGUUCAAAUAAAGAUAUUACUCAUAGUUAUAUACUAGAUUUGUAAAAAAUUGCACUACGCAGUUGGUUUUCUUAAUAAAAUAAAAUACAAUUAAAAA